AUGUGGGGCACGCCGGGCCCCGCAGCAGGAGGAGACUCGGUGGCCAUAAAAGCGGGCUUGGGAGCCGACGGGGCGGCGAGUCCAGCGGGCACCCGGGAGCUCCACGGCCUCCAGCCCAGCCUCGCCGCCGAUGCCCGGCUCAGCUUGACGAGGGAGAGCCUCCAGAAAGCCCCGGGCGAGGGGCUCCGCGUGCCCCCCAGCUCCGCAGGGUUUGGCCAAGGGGGAGAGCUCGGCGGGACGGGCAGCGCCAGCAGGCAGCGGCUGCAGGGCAGGAUGGCGCGGAGGGCGCUGGUGCUGGUGCUCUGCCUCUCCCUGGCUGCGGCAGCCUCCGCCGACUGCGCAACCCAGUGCUCCCUGUGCGCCGGCCAGGGACACGGCAGCGAGAGCAGCGUGCGGCCCCUGAUGUGCCUGCGGGAGUGCCAGGGCUCCUCGCCGCCUGGUGCCGAGUGGGAGACCUGCAGGAAGGCGCUGGCGCUGCUGGCCCCGCUGGUGGCCCUGGCCGAAGGGACAGACCCGUCCCCUGCUGAGGCAGAGGACGAGGCAGAGCCGGAGCAGGAGCUCAGCCCCGGGGAGCUGCCGCUGGCACCGGCCAAGCGCUACGGGGGCUUCAUGAAGAAGCUGGCCAAGGGGAAGCUGCUGGCCCUGCUGCGCGAGAAUGCCCACAGCAAGGGCGGCCUCAGCAAGAAGUUCGGGGGCUUCAGCCGCAAACCGGGGGAGAGGGCGGCCCCCGAGGACUACCCGGGGCCGGGGGACGUGGGCAGCGAGGAGUCCGCGGGGCCGGGGGCCGAGGGGCAGGAGCUGGCGGAGCUGCACAAGCGCUACGGCGGCUUCAUGCGCCGGAUCCGGCCCAAGCUGAAGUGGGACAAUCAGAAGCGCUACGGGGGCUUCCUGCGGCGGCAGUUCAAGGUGACCACGCGGUCGGACGAGGACCCCAGUGCCUACUCAGCGGAGGUCUUAGACCUAUAGAGCCCAGCACGGGACAGGAGACCCCGCGGGGCCCCACGCCGACAGCCCAGAUGAUGCCAUCACCCCCCAACCCCUGUCCCCUGCCCAGCCCGGCGUGGCUGGCAUCGUCCCCACCUCGUCCCCCACCACGGGGCACGGGCUGGGAUCUGCCACCCCCAGCCCCAGCCCAGUACACCCGAUGGAGGCAGCCCGUGUCUCCAUCCCCAUUUGUUCCUCUCCAGCUCCUCUGCCCUCUCCUCCAGGACCCCGUGCACCCAGGGGACUGUUGUCACUCCUCCGGCUGCUGGUGGUGCAGCCCCCGUGCUCCCCAUAACAUGGGGGCAACCCCACUGGGGACGCAUCCCCUGCCUUCCUGCGGCUGCAAGCAUGCAGCAGGGUCUGGGAACCAUCACAGCUGAUGUAUGGGACAACAGCUCCUGAAGGCUGGGAAGGAUGAGCCGGAGCAGGAUCAGGCCCUAUAGGCUGGGAUAUGGCCAUACAACCAGCAGGUCCCACAGGGGGCUGCAGACAUCCACGGGGAGAGGCAGCUGGGGAGGGCUCACACCAUAUCCCUGCCAUGGGGGCAGGCUGCUGUGCUUGGCCGAGCACCCCAUCCCCUCCUGGAGCUGCUCGUUGUGUCCCCCUCAUCCCAGCACCCACCCGGCCCCGUCACCUUCCCCGUCCCGAGAACACCCUCGAGGUUUGCUCGCAGGGGUCAGUCCUGCUUCCCCGGCCCCCUGCUCCCCCCGCAGCCAAUAAAAGGCAGAUGCCAACGAA